CUUUAACUUCUUCUUAAAAAUAAUCUUUCACAUAAGUUAAUAAUAAAAAUGAAAAAGACAAAUAAAACAAUCAUCUAUUCUUUUUCCUCGAAUCAAAAGUUUGUGCUUUGUUCUAAUUUGGCCUUAUUAUACCAUUAACCAUCCUUUUGAUUCACACUUUUAGCACUUGCUCGUAGUUACUAGUUACCAUAACUGUGACAUUCAUGCAAAACUAUGCAGAAGAAUAAUCAUUUUACUCUCUUGAGUUUCGAUCAUGGCCAAGCAUGGCUCACUUUGUUGCUUGUUAUUAGUCUCAUACAAAUCUCGCCGCCGGUAACCGGACAACCAAUGGGACCGGAAGAUCCAACGGAGAACAACAAAUCAGUAGCUACCAUUAUGGGAAUUGUAGCCCUAAUGUUCGUCUUCUCAGGUUUUCUUUCUCUCUACUCAGCCAGAUGCAGUGAUCGUCAACACGGAGUUAUCUACGACCUCACUUUACCUAAUGCUGCAACCGGUGUUAGGGCACAAAACAACUUGCCAAGUAAUGGUUUAAACCAAGAUGUCAUUGAUACUUUUCCGACUUUUCGUUACUCCAACGUGAAGGGACUCAAGAUUGGGAAAAGCACGUUGGCUUGUGCUGUUUGUUUGAACGAGUUUCAAGAUGAUGAAACAUUGCGUUUGAUUCCUAAAUGUAGCCAUGUUUAUCAUCAUGGUUGUAUAGAUAUUUGGCUUGUUUCUCAUAAUACUUGUCCAGUUUGUCGUGCUAACCUUGUUCCGGUAACCGACGAGGACGCUACCGAAUCUCCGAUUGUAUCCAUUCAGAUACCAGAAGGAGAAUUACACCAUAACGAAGAAGAUCAAGAAGUAGAGCAUGUUGAAGAGGAACAAAUAGGAGACACAAUUGAAGUGGUAUAUUCACCUAAGAUAGAUUUACUUCGUAGGUCUAAGACAUAUUCUGCACCAAUACGGUCGAGAUCGACAGGAUUCUUAUCUUCUCUUUGGUUAUCACGGUCGAACUCGACAGGUGUGUUGGUGCAGCCAGGUGAGGAUUGUGAGAGGUUUACAUUGAGGCUACCGGAUGAAGUUCGAAAUCAGAUGAUGAUGAACACGACGACGCUUAAGCGUGCGAAAAGCUGUGUGAGUUUUACGCGAAUGAGUAGUGGAAAGUGUGGUUAUAGGUCAAGAAGUUUCGGGUGUGGAAGUGGGAAUGGUCAUGUGCAGUAUGAAAGGUUUGGAAGUGAGGAAGAAGAAAAUUUAGGGUUUGUUAGGAACAAUUGGAGUAAUAAAUCUGCAAGAAAAUCUCAUAUGAAGUGUUUGGGAAUUGAUAUGGACAAUAAUGGUGGUGAGAGAUCAUAUGAUCUUUUAUGUCAUGUGUAGGUAGUUGCAAGAGAAGGUUGGAAUAGUUCUAAUCAAUUCAAUAAAAAUUUUGAUUGUAUAAAAAGAGUGGAUCAUUGGUUAGAUCAUGAGUUUUUAUGUCAUUUUAAUAGCUCUAGAGAGUUAUUUGAUUAUCCUUUUGUAUUAUACUUAGUUUUUCAAUAUUAUGCUUUGUAUUAUAACAUGGUGGUAAGACUAAGAGUAUGACUAUUUGGAAGGUUUAUUUUUUGAAAUCAG